ACUAUCAGAAGCUCUAGGUGUCAACUAUUGCGCGGCCCUCUUAGGUCUUCACGUUUUCACUGGAGAAGAUGUGACAAGUGCAUUUAAGGGCAAGGGAAAGAUAAUACCACUCAGAAAGUUACAAAGUUAUCCAAAAUAUCUAGAAACAUUCAGGACGUUGGGAGAUGCAUGGGUAGCGGCGGAUGAAGUGAUACAAAUGCUUGAAGCAUUUGUUUGUUUGAUAUAUGGAUUCCCAAGGGAAAAAUAUGUAAACACAUGCCGAGCACUUCUUCUAAAGAAAAUGGUUGGAGAAGACGAAGUUUUGACUGUUAAGUCUAAAGUUGACCUUUCAAGGUUACCACCUUGCCAGGACAACCUAUGUCAGCAUGUCUUCAGGACAAACUAUCGUCUUGCCAUAUUGAAGAAGGCCAACAACUCCACAAUAGAGUGUCCAGAAUCAUUUGACGAUAAUCAAGGAUGGAUUGUAAAGGACAAUGUGUUGGAGCCAUUAUGGGCCAAGGGUCCAAUUCUUCCUUCAAGUUUAAUUGACAUUCUGGGCCAUGUGAACACAGAAUUUGAUGAGAAAGAAGAAGAUGAGGAAGAUGUUGACUUCCUCGAACUGGAAAUGACACUGUCAGAUGAGGAUUAAUCCGUAUCUGACAUUGUCGUUUCCAGUUCGAGAAAAUCAAUAUCUCCCUCAUCAACCCCCACCACUCCCCCCAAAAAAAACACAUUCACGCUCUAAAGUAUGUUUUUAAUGGUACUGUUUGUGUUAAAACAAGUAUUUUUAAUUUAUAUUUUUUGGCUUCUUACCAUUGAAGUGAAAUAUUACCACAUUAUCUGUUAUUUGCUUACUAUCAGAAAUUAUAAUGCGUUACUUUUGUAUAUACAUGAUAUGUUUUCGUGUUUUUUAACGGUAAAAAUACUAUUAUCAGUUAGAGAAAUGCAUUUAAUAUUAAAAAACAUUGUGAAUGCAGUUAGUGUCAGAAACAAUCUUUAUACAUAAACAUAACAAGUUUAAAAAGCUAGUACGUCUCAAAAUAUAUUAACAUGCACAUUAGGAAUUUGUUCUUCAAAUUUGUUAUUUACCCCACCCACUUUUAUUGUCUUAUAUAUCAUAAUUAUUGAUUAUAUUCACAUGAAAUGUUAUAUUAUUAUAUUCCUUAGUCCCGUACGUGUACAUAAAUGUAGUUAGGAUGAUAAUUGUAUUUAAACUGCUGUUCAGGUACAAAUUGAAACAUGUCAUACGCCAAAAAAUCAUGUUUUUGGUAGC